AUGACUGACGCCAAGCUUCUUCCUUUGUCCUCUCACCCCACUCACUCUCUCGGCGCCAUUUGCCUUCUUCAUUUCUCCAGCUUUCAGUCAAUAAACAAGCACAAGCAAACCUUUCUCUCUCUCUCUCGUUUUGAUUACUUCCGCCUUCUUUCUUUUUCCCCCUUUUUUUUUCUUUCUUUCUUUUCCUUUGUUACACUAACAGCGUCGCGCAUUUUUCUUUCUUUCUUUCUGCUUUCACUUCUUUCUUUCUCGACACUUUUUCCACUUCAGUCUUUCACUUCCUUUUCUUUCUUGCUUUUUCCAGACUUUCACUUCUUUCUUUCUUUCUUUUUGCAGUCUUUCUUUCUUUCUUUUUGUAGUUUUUCUUUCUUUCUUUCAUUUUGUAGUCUUCCUUUCUUUCUUUCUUUUUUUGUAGUCUUUCUUUCUUUCUUUUUUUGUAGUCUCUUUCUUUCUUUCAUUUUUCUUCCUUUCUUUCUUUCUUUUUUUGUAGUCUUUCUUUCUUUCUUUUUUUGUAGUCUUUCUUUCUUUCUUUCUUUUUUUGUAGUCUUUCUUUCUUUUUUUGUAGUCUUUCUUUCUUUCUUUCUUUCUUUUUUUGUAGUCUUUCUUUCUUUUUUUAAACCCAUUCUAACUCCGCCGACACCAAACCUACCUUAUCCUUCAAACCACUCUUCCUCCCUCAACUCUCCUUGGUUCUUCCUUUCUCUCUCUCACCGCCAUCCUUUCCUCCCUUCUCUGUUAUCAACCUCGUUGCAACCUCUUGCAAAACAGGAUUCACUCUUCAUAUUUAUAAUGGCCGCUUCACAAGGAGCAGUUUGUAUGUCGACCGCUGCUGCUGCUGUUACUGUUGGCACCACUGUGGAAAUACCAGACUAA